UGCUUAUAUUUUUAAAAUAGCCCAAGCACCAUUAAGGCCCAGCUCGUAACGGCGGCAGAUCUCAAACGUUCAACUUACACCGGUAUUCUCGGCCGUUGAUCCGGCCUUACGAUCUUUUUUAACCUAAGCUGGACCUCCACGGCCGAAAACCCUAGCCCUGGAGCUUAUAAGUAUCGAUAGAACUAUUGCUGAACUCCGAACCCUCGGCGGCUAAGGGAUCCCCCCUGCGUAGGUGAAGAGGUUAGUGAAAAUGGCGGUUCCGUUGCUGACGAAGAAGAUCGUGAAGAAGAGGGUCAAGAAGUUCAUAAGGCCCCAGAGUGACAGGAGGAUCACCGUGAAGCAGGAGAACUGGCGUAGGCCAAAGGGUAUUGACUCUAGGGUUCGAAGAAAGUUCAAAGGAUGUACUUUGAUGCCCAAUAUUGGUUACGGCUCAGACAAGAAGACUAGGCACUACCUUCCCAAUGGCUUCAAGAAAUUUGUAGUCCACAACGUGAAAGAGCUCGAAGUGCUGAUGAUGCACAACAGGACUUACUGUGCAGAGAUUGCACAUGAUGUGUCCACAAGGAAGAGGAAAGAGAUAGUCGAGCGAGCUGCUCAGCUGGAUGUUGUUGUCACCAACAAGUUGGCCAGGCUGCGCAGCCAAGAGGAUGAGUGAAGGUUAUAGCUGGUGGAAUCUGAGUUUGUAAUGAAGAGCUUUGCUACCGACUGUGCUACUUCUUUCUCUAAAUGGAUAGGUUUUAAUCCUUUCACUCAUGGUAUUGAAAGAGGAUAUAUACACUUUUGAACUAUAUUUGAAGUUGAUUACUCGUUUUCUUCUUUAUACUCGGGUGCGGUUGUUGCAUCGUUUUCUUCCAAAUGUUGAUAAAGAUACAAAGAAGAAAUACUGCGGCUCGGCUUGGGUAAAUGUUUAGUUUGGUUAUUGAUUUUACUAAAAAUGUGUCAUGUUUAUUCAUUGAAAAAAUUAAUAAUUUGGUCACUC